GCUUACCCCCUACAAACCGCCAAACAACAACCUCAAACGCCGCAGCACUUCGCUGUCGUGUGUGUCGCCGUUGGAGCUCUUCAGCAACGCACUUCGACCCCCUCCUCGAGCGCGUACCGCCUCCGUGUCCAAACUCAAUUUUUUUGCCCUUUCUCUUUCUUCGAAGUUCUUUAACCAGCGCUUCGCCAUCUCCACAGCGCAUUCACGAUCGCAGUGAACAGAAAGGGCUACCUCUCCUAGCUCGCUUACGAACAGACAUAAACCCCUCCCCCACACAACAAAAACAAACAAAUAUGGGCAUCUUAGUGAACUUUAGCAUCUAUGGUCUAAUGAUCAUCCCCUUGGCCGCCCUCGUCAAGGGCCACGGCAUCUCCCUUGGUCAUCUCAUCAAACUGGGUCUGGUAAUGGUGGCCGUGCAGCUGGCUCAAUCCACCAUCGCCACCGCCGUCCCACCGGACAUGGUCGCCGCGCAGGUUGCUGUGCACGGCGCCCUUCUCCCCCUCCUCACCGUUGCCUUCUGCAGCUUUGUGCUCACGGACGGCAAGGCGUCGAAGGUGAUGCGGCUGCACGAGUGCGGCUGCGACGACGUCGGGGCGGCGGUGGCGACGCUUUGGUGUCUCACCUACACCGUCCUCUUCCGCUGGUUUCCGUGGUACCACACCAUGGCCAGCCGGGGCUUUGAGCCGAGCAAUUUACUGGCCGGUGGGGACGCCUUUCUGACUCUCCUCACCACCUUAGCGAUGUGCCGAAGCUUUGCGAGUGGGAAGCCCGGCGCGGCCGCUACGGCGGUCGGUGUGCACGUGGUGGGUGCGGUGGUGGGGGCGGCGGUAGGCCAGCCGAUUGCCGGCGCUGCGCUGACGGCGGUGCUGGAGAGCGGCGCGGCGAAGCUUGUCUUUGCGCCUCCGACCACGGAAAAGAAGGAGGAUUAG